AUACACUCCCAACCAUGCCUCGUUUUAAAAAAGAAGCAUCUCAGUGUUCAUGUUUCCACUGCACAAAGACAAUAUAUGCCAGUUUUAUAUUCUACAUGCAUAUAAAUAAAUCAUUUAAGACUUUAAAUUUCAAAUGAAGCAUAUAUUUCUGAAUCAGCCCCAUGAUGAAGGCGUGUGUGUGUGUGUGUGUGUGUGUGUGUGUGUUUAAAACACUCCUCCUCCUUCUCUCCUCUGUAAUUUGGUGAUGACAUUGCAGUCUGUCCGCUGAAGUCCCACACACACUGGAGCAUUCUGGGAAUCUGCUGGAAAACACUCAGUUUCUCGUCAUGCCAAACUGGGGUGGAGGAAACAAAUGCGGUGCCUGCCGCGGGACGGUGUACCACGCUGAAGAGGUGCAGUGUGACGGGAGGAGUUUUCACAAGUGCUGCUUCCUCUGCAUGGUCUGUAGAAAAGGGUUAGACAGCACCACACUGGCCAUCCAUGACCAGGAAAUCUACUGCAAGUCCUGCUACGGUAAGAAGUACGGCCCGAAAGGAUACGGCUACGGUCAGGGAGCAGGAACGCUCAACAUGGACCGCGGUGAGAGACUGGGCAUCAAACCAGAAGAAACCCAGACUCACCGACCCAGUCCAAACCCAAACCCGUCCAAGCUGGCGCAGAAGUUCGGCGGCUCGGAGAAGUGUGGGCGCUGUGGAGAGUCCGUGUACGCUGCCGAGAAAGUGAUGAGCGCUGGGAAGCCGUGGCAUAAGAACUGCUUUCGCUGUGCCAAAUGUGGAAAGAGUUUGGAGUCCACCACUCAGACGGAGAAAGAUGGAGAAAUCUACUGCAAAGCAUGCUAUGCAAAGAACUUCGGACCUAAAGGAUUUGGAUACGGUCAGGGAGCAGGAGCUCUGGUUCACGCUCAGUGAUAGUCAGGACUUUCUACAUUUCUGUACUGAUAACACACUUAUUUCAAAAGAAGAUGACAAUUAUUUUCAUGACAAUUAAACCCAUUUAGUCUCCAAUUCUCAUUUCUUAAAUGCUGGAAAAAUUUCACAAUCCAAAUUAGAAAAAAUAAAAAUAAAUAAAAAGGUAAUUAUAUACAUACAAUGGCUCAAAGAAAUAAGGUUAAUUUUCUUUAUGCUAUAUAUAUAUAUAUAUAUAUAUAUUUCUAUAAUUUCACCAUUUACACCAGGUGCAGGGUGUUAAUUAUUCAUCGAGGUCCAGUUAUGUUUUGAUUGCAAUUAGGAACAAAUUCUCACUACCAAAUGUAAAUAAUUGAUUUUUUUAAAAUGUUAUUAAAUAAUGUGAUGCAUUCCAUAUAUUAAUUUUAUGUAUUGCUACAUUUUUGUGAAACAAAGCUACUGUAUUACUGUAAUAAGCAUUUAGGAAAAUAUCCCAAUCCUUUUUUAUUUAAAAAAAAUAUUGGAUAAAUUUCUUAAUCCAAAAUAUGUUUUAACCCUUUACAUAGUGUUAAUUGUUUAUAGACUACCAUCAAAUUUUAUAUUUUCAUUAAAAUUAAGCACAUUUCACAAUAAUAAUUCCCAUAACGUAGAACACAUAUUAACUAUAUUAAAUAAUAAUAGAAAUUAAGUAUUUGAUAUACAUUUUAUAAUUAAAAAAAAUGUAAUACAGUAGUGAGAAUUUGGGAAAAUGUCACUAUCACUUAAAUAAUGGUCCUAAAAAAUAAGAUUGAUUUUUCUUUAAGCAAAAUGUUCAUUUUUGAACCCUCUACUUGUGUUAAUAGUUCAAAGGGUGAAUAGUCAUUGUACGAGCAUCUACAUUUAGGAAACAAAAAUGUGCUGAUACUGAAAACUGAUGCACAUGCCUUUCACCUUCAAAUGUUUUAUUAACAAAGCCAUUAAAAUUGAUCCAUGCCCAAUAAGUUACAUCUGAAGCAGAGUAGGGUGACGUCCUGAUCUCAGCUGAGGCACUGGAGAUGAGCAUGUGCUUUUCACAUGGUGGGAAAACAGCCGGCAGAGGAACAACAGAGUGAAUAUAUUCUCUAAAAACAGUGUCACGUGUAUGAAUGAAUGAAUGACCGUCACUGUGCCUAAUCCACAUAUUACAACACAGGGCCCAUCCACCGCGGCUGUUCAUGUCUACUUCUCUGGCAUUUACAGUUUGUACAUCCAGUGGUACAACAAACCCAGCAAUGAAACGUACAAAAGAAUCCCUUUGGGCUGAAUAUUAAUCAAUGAGAACGGGACAUUCAGAUAUAAUACAUCCGCAGAGCUCCGAUUGACCGCAGAGCAUGAGGGACACGAGAGAACGAUACACACAUCGGGGUUAAAAUGUAAAAAACAAACAGAAAAGAAUCCUAAAAAAUAAAAACUGGAUGCAAAUACUUCACAUUCAUUAUUUACAGAAGGGGCGUCUUUCGGAUGAUCACUAUGUCCAGGCUUUACACAUGCAGUGGAGACUUGCAAGGUCAAAGGUCUAUACACAGCAGUGCCAGACGCCACUAAAAGCUACAGUCAUACACUUCGAAAAUAGUCGAUUUUUUCCUUUUUUCACUUUUUGGUAAGAUAAAAAAAAAAAACUUAGGAGCAGCUUCAACUAACACAGACUAAAGUCACUUGACAGGAUAAUGAAUUUAGUUCAUUUAUGUACAGAUGCACAUUCUUUACAUCAGUUCAGAUCAGCUGCUGCUGCCACACCAACAGGAAGAGGAAAUGGAGGAGAGCAAAAGGGGGAGGAGCUUCCUCUUCUUACGUAAACAUGAACAUCCUUCGGCGAUGCCGGGGAAACGAGCUCACUUCUUCAGUAACAAUGAACAAAAAAUAAAAGAUCAGUGCAUUUUUGUAGGCAGACGAAUAAUUUCGCUGCCACACACACACACAC